CGCGAAGGGAGCAGAGUUUCCAGUUCCGGGUGAGAGGUGGUCGCCAUGGCGGUGUUGGCUUCCAAUCCUAACAACCCUGUGGUGUUUUUUGAUGUCACAAUAGGCGGCCAGGAGGUCGGCCGCAUGAAAGUGGAGCUCUUCGCCGACGUGGUACCCAAGACGGCGGAGAACUUCAGGCAGUUUUGCACAGGUGAAUUCAGGAAAGAUGGAGUUCCUAUCGGCUACAAAGGCAGCACUUUUCACAGGGUCAUUAAGGACUUCAUGAUCCAAGGAGGCGAUUUUGUAAAUGGAGAUGGCACCGGAGUGGCAAGCAUCUACCGGGGUCCCUUUGCAGAUGAAAACUUCAAGCUGAAACACUCUGCUCCUGGCCUGCUGUCCAUGGCAAAUAGUGGCCCUAGCACCAACGGCUGCCAGUUCUUCAUCACCUGCUCCAAGUGUGACUGGCUGGAUGGGAAGCAUGUAGUCUUUGGUAAAAUAGUUGACGGGCUGCUUGUCAUGAGAAAAAUUGAAAACGUGCCCACCGGUCCAAAUAACAAGCCCAAGCUGCCAGUGGUGAUUGCCCAAUGCGGUGAGAUGUAGGGGAAGACGACUCUCAAGGUUAGUCUCUUUCCAUCUUGGAUCACCAUCACCUCCUGAUUGUUCCAUGUUUUUCCUGUGGUGCCUCAUCUACCCCACAUUCCAAACUAAUUUUCUCCCCCCAUUGUAAAUAAAGGAAUUUGGUUAA